UGUUGAUCAGUCUGUUCAAAGGUUGGACGGAGGUGGGCAGGAUUAUAUUGUUGUUUACCUGUGGAUGGUGCUAAAUAGCUAAAAAGCUUUUAUAAGAUUUUGUACAAUAAAAAUCUACAAGGAGGUACCAAGUGCUGAAAUAAACUGCACUACAAAGUUUAAGAUGGCUGCAGCUCUGGCCGACAGAGCGAUAGGAGCCAUCGUAGGAUCAGCUGUUGCAGAUGCAGCAGCACAGCCCCUCACCUGGGUGUCCGACAUCCUGAAGCUGCAGGGGGUUCUGUCUCAGCACCCAAACCCUGAGUUCCAUUUUGAGUCAAUCAACCCCUAUUACAGGAGGGAGACGGGCAAACAGAGCUGCUACGGAGACCAGGCGUUUGUCCUGCUGGAGUCCUUGUCUGAAUGUGGAGGACUAAAUGUUGACGAUCUGAAGCAACGCACACUGAAGUUCUUUGGCCCUGGAUCAGAGUAUGACACGCCUGUCAAUGAUCCUUACAGAGACAAAGAAGGGCCUAAACCUCAGCUGCCCAUUGAAGGACCAUGGAGACAUGAAAGUUUGAAGAGCUUUCUGAAGAAUGUGGAUGAGGGCAAAGAGGAGACAGGCUGUGAGAACGACUGUCAGAUUGAUGGAAUAGCCAAACUGGCUCCUAUAGUGGCUUUUUAUGCAGGAAAGCCUGACAUGCUGGAAAAAGUGGAGCAGGCAGUCCGUGUCACCCAGAACAAUGAUGAAUGUGUGGCAGAGACUCUGGCAGCUGCAAGGUUCCUGGAGUAUUUCAUCCUGAAUGGUCCUGAUCCAAAAGCCUUGGACUCAGUGCUCGCUCAGCUCAAUGACACGAAGAGAAAGCAGCCUCAGGAUCUGGACAAAGCAGUCAUUGGGCACAUUCAUCAGGUGAAGGAGAAUUUAUCAAAGACUCCUCAAGAGCUAAUCCCCACUGUGUUUCCAAACUCCUGAGGUUUGCCAGGUGCGUUCCAAGCAGCGCUGCAUGGAGUCCUGACAGCUAAGCAAUAUGAGCAGGCUGUCAAAGACACCAUGAGCUGUGGGGGAUGCACCUGUAGCAGAGGGUCCUUCAUUGGAGCCUGUCUUGGGGCAGAUAACCAAACACCACCAGUAGUUAAUCUGUUUCUGGCAGUGUAAUGCGUUAAACAAAAUGAAAAACCGUGGAGCUUUCACAGAACAGUUAAUGAAGGUUCUUGUCUAAACUACUGGACGGCAAGAGCCAGAAGUCUUUGUCUCUGUUUGAGUUAAACAUGUUGUUCAGAUGUUUAAUAGCUGAGUCUUUCUGCAAUAAAGUGAUUC